GAGAGGGGGAGGUUGGCGCAUGCGCAUAAGGCUGACGGGUUUUGAAAUGGCUUCGGUGUUAGUCGGGACCCGACUCAGAUUGCUGCUAUAGAAGAAAAACAAGUGAAGGUUUUUUUACCCCUUGCAUCAUGGCUCAGUUUGGAGGACAGAAGAAUCCGCCAUGGGCUACUCAGUUUACAGCCACUGCGGUAUCACAGCCAGCUGCACUAGGUGUUCAGCAGCCUUCACUUCUUGGAGCGUCUCCUACCAUUUAUACACAGCAAACUGCAUUGGCAGCAGCAGGCCUUACCACACAAACGCCAGCAAACUAUCAGAUAACGCAAACUGCAGCAUUGCAGCAACAAGCCGCGGCUGCAGCAGCUGCAUUGCAACAGCAAUAUUCACAACCUCAACAGGCCUUGUAUAGUGUGCAGCAACAGUUACAGCAACCCCAGCAGACCCUUUUAACACAGCCAGCUGUUGCGCUGCCUACAAGCCUUAGCCUGUCUACUCCUCAGCCUGCAGCACAGAUAACUGUAUCUUAUCCAACACCACGGUCCAGUCAGCAACAAACCCAACCUCAGAAACAACGUGUUUUCACAGGAGUGGUUACAAAGCUACACGAUACAUUUGGAUUUGUGGAUGAAGAUGUAUUCUUUCAGCUUAGUGCCGUCAAAGGAAAAACUCCACAAGUGGGUGAUAGAGUAUUGGUUGAAGCUACUUAUAAUCCUAAUAUGCCUUUUAAAUGGAAUGCACAAAGAAUUCAAACACUACCAAAUCAGAAUCAGUCCCAAACCCAACCUUUACUGAAGACUCCUCCUGCUGUACUUCAGCCAAUUGCACCACAGACGGCAUUUGGUGUUCAGGCUCAGCCCCAGCCUCAGUCACUACUGCAGGCACAGAUUUCUGCGGCUUCUAUUACACCACUAUUGCAGACUCAGCCACAGCCUUUAUUACAGCAGCCACAGCAGAAAGCUGGCUUAUUGCAGCCCCCUGUUCGUAUAGUUUCACAACCACAACCAGCACGAAGAUUAGAUCCACCAUCUAGAUUUUCAGGAAGGAAUGACAGAGGAGAUCAAGUGCCUAAUAGGAAAGAAGACCGAAGUCGUGAAAGGGAAAGAGAAAGACGUAGAUCCAGAGAAAGAUCACCUCAAAGGAAACGUUCCAGGGAGAGGUCUCCCAGAAGAGAGAGAGAAAGAUCACCUCGGAGAGUUCGGCGUGUUGUUCCACGUUACACAGUGCAGUUUUCAAAGUUUUCUUUAGAUUGUCCUAGUUGUGACAUGAUGGAACUAAGGCGCCGUUAUCAGAAUUUAUAUAUACCUAGUGACUUUUUUGAUGCUCAGUUUACAUGGGUGGAUGCUUUCCCUUUGUCAAGACCAUUUCAGCUUGGAAAUUACUGCAAUUUCUAUGUUAUGCACAGAGAAGUAGAGUCAUUAGAAAAAAAUAUGGCCAUUCUUGAUCCUCCAGAUGCUGACCAUUUAUACAGUGCAAAGGUAAUGCUGAUGGCUAGUCCUAGUAUGGAAGAUUUGUAUCAUAAGUCUUGUGCUCUUGCUGAAGACCCACAAGAACUUCGAGAUGGAUUUCAACAUCCUGCUAGACUUGUUAAGUUUUUAGUGGGCAUGAAAGGCAAGGAUGAAGCCAUGGCCAUUGGUGGGCACUGGUCUCCUUCGUUGGAUGGACCAGACCCUGAAAAAGAUCCCUCCGUGUUGAUUAAGACUGCUAUUCGUUGUUGUAAGGCUCUGACAGGCAUUGAUCUAAGUGUUUGCACACAAUGGUACCGUUUUGCAGAGAUUCGCUACCAUCGCCCUGAGGAGACCCACAAGGGGCGUACAGUUCCAGCUCAUGUGGAGACAGUGGUUUUAUUUUUCCCGGAUGUUUGGCAUUGCCUUCCCACCCGCUCAGAGUGGGAAACCCUCUCCCGAGGAUACAAGCAGCAGCUGGUCGAGAAGCUUCAGGGUGAACGCAAGGAGGCUGAUGGAGAACAGGAUGAAGAAGAAAAGGAUGAUGGUGAAGCUAAAGAAAUUUCCACUCCUACCCAUUGGUCUAAACUUGAUCCAAAGACAAUGAAGGUAAAUGAUCUCCGAAAAGAAUUAGAAAGUCGAGCCCUUAGUUCCAAAGGAUUAAAAUCCCAGUUAAUAGCUCGAUUGACAAAACAACUUAAAGUAGAAGAACAAAAAGAAGAACAGAAGGAAUUAGAGAAAUCUGAAAAAGAAGAGGAAGAAGAGGAUGAUAGGAAAUCUGAAGAUGAUAAAGAGGAGGAAGAAAGAAAACGUCAAGAGGAAAUGGAACGCCAGCGUCGGGAAAGAAGAUACAUUUUGCCUGAUGAACCAGCCAUCAUUGUGCAUCCAAAUUGGGCUGCAAAAAGUGGCAAGUUUGAUUGUAGCAUCAUGUCUCUGAGUGUCCUUUUGGACUACAGAUUAGAAGAUAAUAAAGAACAUUCGUUUGAGGUUUCAUUGUUUGCAGAACUUUUCAAUGAAAUGCUUCAGAGAGAUUUUGGUGUCAGAAUAUACAAAUCAUUACUCUCUCUUCCUGAGAAAGAGGACAAAAAAGAAAAGGAUAAGAAAAGCAAAAAAGAUGAGAGAAAAGAUAAAAAAGAAGAAAGAGAUGACGAAAAUGAUGAGCCAAAACCCAAACGGAGAAAAUCAGGAGAUGAUAAAGAUAAAAAAGAAGAUAGAGAUGAAAGGAAGAAAGAAGAUAAAAGGAAAGAUGAUUGUAAAGAUGAUGAUGAAACUGAAGAAGAUAAUAAUCAAGAUGAAUAUGACCCAAUGGAAGCAGAAGAAGCUGAGGAUGAAGAAGAUGAUCGGGAUGAGGAAGAAAUGAACAAACGGGAUGACAAAAGGGAGAUCAACAGAUACUGCAAGGAAAGGCCUUCUAAAGAUAAGGAAAAAGAAAAAACUCAGAUGAUCACAAUUAACAGGGAUCUAUUAAUGGCCUUUGUUUAUUUUGAUCAAAGCCAUUGUGGUUACCUUCUUGAAAAGGAUUUGGAAGAGAUACUGUAUACUCUUGGAUUACAUCUUUCUCGGGCUCAGGUAAAGAAGCUUCUUAAUAAAGUAGUUCUCCGUGAAUCUUGCUUUUAUCGGAAAUUAACAGACACUUCAAAAGAUGAAGAAAACCAUGAAGAGUCUGAAUCAUUGCAGGAAGAUAUGUUAGGAAAUAGGUUGUUACUGCCAACACCAACAGUAAAGCAGGAAUCAAAGGAUGUGGAAGAAAAUGUAGGACUCAUUGUGUACAAUGGUGCAAUGGUUGAUGUAGGAAGCCUUUUGCAAAAAUUGGAAAAGAGUGAAAAAGUAAGAGCUGAAGUAGAACAGAAGCUGCAGUUACUAGAAGAAAAAACAGAUGAAGAUGAAAAAACCAUAUUAAAUUUGGAGAAUUCCAACAAAAGCCUCUCUGGUGAACUCAAAGAAGUUAAAAAGGACCUUAGUCAAUUACAGGAAAACUUAAAGGUUUCAGAAAACAUGAAUUUGCAAUUUGAAAACCAACUGAAUAAGACAAUCAGAAACUUGUCUACAGUAAUGGAUGAAAUCCACACUGUUCUCAGAAAGGAUAAUGUAAAGAAUGAAGACAAAGAUCAGAAAUCUAAGGAGAAUGGUGCAAAUGUAUGAUAAAAUUUGUGU